UGGAGGGGUAAAGUUAUGGGGACGAGUCCUGAGGAUUCUAAGGGAGGCGGCAACGUAGGAUUCUUCUCAGCCAAACAGAUCCAAAUGGCUCUCAGCAAAUCCUACGUUGCCGCCUCCCUUAGAAUCCUCAGGACUCGUCCCCAUACUUUACCCUCCAGCCUUCGCCUCCGCUCUGUCGCUCAACCGUUCCGCUUACUCUCCUUCGCCACCCCCGAGGAAGCUGCGGCCGAGCGCCGCCGCCGGAAACGCCGCCUCCGCAUCGAACCCCCUCUCUCUUCCCACCGCCACCAAGCUUCACCCCGUCGUCCUCCGUCCCCAAAGAAUGCUAACCCUAAUGCCCCCAAGCUCGCUGAACCCGUCACUUCCCUUGCAGGCAACCGUCUCAAUCUCCACAACCGCAUCCUAACCCUAAUCCGUGAGAACGAUCUUGAUGAGGCGUCCCUUCUCGUACGCCACUCCAUCUACUCCAACUGCCGGCCCACAAUCUUUACUUGCAAUGCCGUGCUCGCCGCCCUCCUCCGCCAAUGCCGCUACUCGGACCUCCUCUCUCUCCACCGCUUCAUCACUCAGGCCAGCGUCGCCCCGACCGUCAUCACCCAUAACCUUCUCCUCCAGGCCUACUGCGACUGCCGCAAAACCGACACUGCCCUGGAGCAUUACCGACUUAUUGUCAAAGAAGAUUCCUCACUAAAUCCCUCGCCCAGCACCUAUCGGAUCCUUGUGAAGGGUCUCGUUGAUAACAACAAGGUAGAUCAGGCUGUAGAUCUCAAGAAUGACAUGCUUGGUAAGGGCAACUGCCCUCCGGAUGCCAUUGUUUAUAAUCAUCUCAUGACUGGUUUUAUUAGGAAUGAUGAACCGGAUCGUGUUCUUGACUUGGUCGAAGAACUCAAGGAGAAGCUUUGUGUGGCUGUUGGAGAUAUUAUAUGUGAUGGUAUUGUGUAUGGGAAUCUAAUGAAGGGGUAUUUCAAGAAGGGGAUGGCGCAGGAGGCCAUUGAUUUGUUUGAACGAGUUCUUGGAGAUGGCUCCAAAGUAAGGUUUGGCCCCGUGAGCUAUAAUUUGGUUCUUGAUGCAUUGACAAAGAACGGGCGAUUGGAUGAGGCUAUUGGAUUGUUUGAAAGGAUGAUGAGGGAGCAUGAUCCGCCGAAGAGGAUGGCAGUGAAUUUAGGAAGCUUUAAUGUGAUGGUGGAUGGCUUUUGCUUAGCUGGACGGUUUGAGGAAGCUAUACAGGUUUUUAAGAGAAGGAUGGGGGAGAAGAAUUGCACCCCAGAUGUUUUGUCCUAUAAUAAUUUGAUAGAUCACCUUGGAAAGAAUGGUUUGGUUACUGAGGCUGAAGAUCUUUAUAAGGAAAUGGGUGAGAAGGGUUUCAAUCCGGAUGAAUACACAUAUGUUUUGUUGGUUGAAUCUUUUUUUGAGGUUGGAAGACCAGAUGAUGCUGUUGAUUACUUCAAUAAGAUGGUGGAGUUUGGUUUGAGGCCAAAUGCUAAUGCAUAUAAUAAGGUUAUUGGAGGAUUGGCUAACAUUCAAAGGCUUGAUGAGGCUCGAGUAUUCUUGGAUCGCAUGUUGGAAAGGGAGGUAAAGCCAAAUGUGAGGAGUUAUGAGAUAUUGGUGCAGUCCUUUUGUGAGGCUGAAAGGCUUGAUGAUGCACUCAAGGCAUUGAAGGAUUUGUUGAUGGAUGAUCUUAGCUUGAGUCUGGAAAUGAAGGAGCUUGUGUUGGAGGCAUUAAGGAAGGAAUCGAGGGAGGAGGAUUUCAAGAAGCUACUUGAAGAUGUUGAGAGGGAGAAAGCUGAGGCAGCAGCCCGGGCUGCGGAAGAGAAGGCAAGAGCUGAAGCUCUUGCCAAGGAAGAGGAGGAGAGGAAGAAGGCGGAGAAAGCUGCUAAAGAGGCUGCUGCUGCUAGAGCAAGUGCUGCAGCUAUUGAAGCAAUAUUGGGAAAAAAGAAGUCUACUGAUAGCAUCGAAGAGGAUGAAUCUUCUUCAAGUGUUGUUCCUGUCACAACUGCAAAAAAGAUUGGAGACUGUGAUUCCAUCAAUGAAGGAUCAUCAAAGGAAGUGAUAGUUGACAACAUUUUAACCGAUGUGAAAAAUGAAAUUGGAGGUGCUACUUAGCAGGAAGAAAUGUAGAGUAGCCUUGAAGGUAGACGAAAUAUUGAGAACAUGGAAGAAAAAUAUAGCAGAAUCAUUUAGCAAAUGCUUAAAGAUAUUUGAGGAGUUGAAAAUGGGCAAAAUUAUGGUUGAUAAAUCAUCGCCCAUCUCUUUAUAAAGGAUGUUAUCAUUCUAUUUGAAGGGAACACAUUAUCAGUGUCGAAUUUACGUGGGAAGAAGGAAUCAUGUCAAAAAAGAUGACUUAAAUAUAUUUGAUAGUCAUGUGUAAAAUAUUGCGGGAAUGCACCUUUAGGAAUGCAUAUUUUUUAUUAGAAUGUUGAGUUAGAAGGAGCGUAUUAAUACACUAA